CUUUAAUCUCACUCCCAAACACAAAUUCACACAAACUUUUUGACCACUCUCUUUCUCUCACUCUCUCAGUUCCACUCUCCACUCUCACCACCUCUUCUUUCUUCUCUGUUCUUCAUAUCCAAAAAAAUUAUUACGCAGCUUCUUCUUUGUUCUGGAAAUAGUACUCUGUUUAAACUUCCAUGGCUUCUUCUCAUUUGAUGGUAGUGAUGCUGCUUAUUGUGGCCAUGGCUGGUCACUCAAGUGGAGCUUCAUGGUGCAUGUGCAAGGACCUGCCUGAUGCAGUGUUGCAGAAAACACUGGAUUUCGCAUGUGGAGCAGGGGCAGAUUGCAACCCGACCCACCAGAGCGGGCCUUGCUUCAACCCGAACACCGUCAGAGCUCACUGUAAUUAUGCCGUCAACAGUUAUUUCCAGCAUAAAGGCCAAGCUCAGGGCUCCUGUGAUUUCACCGGCACCGCCAGCGUCGUCAACAACGAUCCCAGCUCUGCUGGCUGUGUUUAUCCUGCUAGUGCAAGUGCUACUACGACCAACAAUCCAACUACCGGAACUACAACCGUGAAUGGGCCGACAACUACCGGAACUAACCCGAUGAUUACGACUCCGACGGGUUCUGGUGGCAUUGGAGGAGGAAUCAACAACGGGUUGGGCCCACCUGGAAAUGGGAUGAGCACAGACAGUAUGGGUAACGAUGGUGGAUUUUCAUUCCUAAUGAAGGACAACAACAUGAGCCCAACAACCUUGUUGUUAUGCUCCUUCACCACCUUUAUCGCUCUCCUAUCUUGGUGGGCUUAGUUGAACAGAACCCGUGUGUGUCAAUUUCUUGGAUCUCUAUAUCUGGUUUACUACAUCGCGUAAAAUCAUGCAUGAAAGAGGUGGAAGAAAGAAAAGUGUAGUGCAUGGGAUUGCGUGGAUCAUGAUGAUGAUUAAUGUCAUAUAAGUUGAUGAUGUAAGAUUAAUUAACGUUGUAAUAUUUUGAUGAAUUGACUCGUUGUAUUAUUAGUUAGUUAGAUUAUGAUGGUAGGGAUGGAUCAUGAAGUUAAUUAUGACGUACAGUCUAGCUAGAUUGAUUUUGUCCUGUUGGUGAUUUGGUUGAGAAUUGCUUUUCUAGCUAGACUGUUCAACCGUUGGACCAUGUUCAUCCAUGUCGAUGCAUUGCGUUACUUCUUCUGGCUUUAUUUUCUUCGAUCUAUGUACAUCUUAUUACUUUUGGAAAUUUCUGUUUUAUUAAAAAAAUACUCCCUCCGUCCCA